UCCUGCGCCGAGUGCUGCCAGAGGGGGCAGAGCUGAGCUGAGCCGGGCCGGGCCGCGCCGCGCCGCGCCGAGCAGCUCCGCACCCCGCGCCGCACCGGUCUCCGGCCCCGGCGGGAAUCCGCCGCCGCCGCCCCGGACCGGAAGAAACUGAAGUGAAAAAGAAGUGACUGAAAAAGAAACUGAGGACCGAUUUGAAGGAACAGAUUCAUUUCUUAACAAGAUCAAGUUUGAAUUAAAUGGCUGAUAAACAGAUCAGUUUACCUGCCAAGCUGAUCAAUGGAGGGAUAGCUGGACUGAUCGGGGUCACCUGUGUAUUUCCCAUUGACCUGGCAAAAACUCGCCUGCAGAACCAGCAGAAUGGCCAGCGUCUGUACACCAGCAUGUCUGACUGCCUCAUUAAAACAAUUAGGUCGGAAGGCUACUUUGGCAUGUACAGGGGGGCUGCAGUGAACCUGACCCUGGUGACACCAGAAAAGGCCAUCAAACUGGCAGCCAAUGACUUCUUCCGGCACCACCUCUCCAAGGACGGGAAGAAGCUGACACUGCUGAGGGAGAUGCUGGCAGGCUGUGGCGCAGGUACCUGCCAGGUGAUUGUCACCACUCCCAUGGAGAUGCUCAAAAUCCAGCUGCAGGAUGCAGGGCGAAUUGCGGCACAGAAGAAGCUGAUGGCAGCGCAGGCCCAACUCUCCUCUUCCGCUGCGACGAGGGUGGCAGAGCCAGUGGUGGAAACGCGCACCACAGCAACACAGAUAACAAGGGAGCUGCUGCGGAGCAAAGGCAUCGCAGGACUCUACAAAGGCCUGGGAGCCACACUGCUAAGGGAUGUCCCGUUCUCCAUUGUUUACUUCCCACUGUUUGCAAACCUGAACAAGCUGGGCCAGAAAGACCCCAAUGUCAAGGCUCCGUUCUACGUGUCCUUCCUUUCCGGAUGUGUGGCUGGCAGUACAGCUGCGGUGGCUGUCAAUCCUUGUGAUGUGAUCAAAACACGGCUGCAGUCCUUGCAGAGGGGAGUGAAUGAGGACACCUACUCAGGAAUCCUGGACUGCACCAAGAAGAUCUGGCAGAAGGAAGGGCCCACGGCCUUCUUGAAAGGGGCAUACUGCCGAGCCCUGGUCAUUGCUCCUCUCUUCGGCAUUGCACAAGUUGUCUACUUCAUUGGCAUCGCAGAGUUCCUGCUCGACAUGCUCCCCAAGCAUCGGGCCUAGCCCCAGCACAUCUCUGUGUGCCCUCCUGCCCUCUGCAGCGCUGAAUUCAUCCCCAUGUUCAUCAUCCAUGUCAACUGAUGUCAAAGCAACAGCACAAAGGGUUCGCGCAGGGAUGCUGAGGGAAUGUCUUCUCCAGAUGAGCAAACACAGUGAGGGCGAUAGUCCCUUUUCUGUCUCAGUCUGGAACCUGCCCCCUCCUGCUCCUUCCACGGACAAUACCUGAUUAUGCAUUGUCUUUUAUUCCUCUCCUUUCCUUUUUUUUUUGUUUUGUUUUUUUAACUGUUAUUCUCAAGGACACUGGUAAGCACAGGCUGGGCUUGCAGACCCAGAAUUCUCCUCCCAGCCCUGGGGAGGAAGAGGGAUGGGAAAGAAAUAGUCUGAAUCCUCAUCCACUUGGUUCCCCUCUUUCUUCCUAGAGUUGCCAGCUAGCUGAUGAGGAGCUGGAGGAGCAGCUGUGUCCUUUCCCCUAAGCCCCUCCUCAGCUCUGUUGGCCUCAGAGGGGAGAGGCAACACUGUGCAGAAGGGGCUCAUCUCACUGCAGCCAGGGGCACUGUGGGGUGAGGUGCUGGAUCUGGCAAGUUACUUUGUCUGGAAACCUUCACCCCUCAUUUCUCCCUUUCUCAAAAAUGAGUUGGACUUAAAUGUUCUAGGAGAUCAGAGGAAGGUAAAGGGCAUUGUUACUGUUGGCUUUGUAAUUAUUUUUGGUUUAAAGCAAAGGGAUGUUCCUCCUAACUGUCACAGGCGCAUCCAGGUGAGGUACAGAGAUGAGAUGUCUGCUUUGUAGGGAACACAUCAGUGGGAUCACACAAAAGUCUGAAGGUGCUUCCCUGCUUGGCUACAGGCAGGGGGGAAAGAGGAACUUGGGAUCAAGUUAUUUUUGUUCAGGGAAGGGGGGUGGGUUGGGUGUUUGGGUUUUUUUUUCAAUGCAGGGGUUGUGGGGUGGCAAAACCAAACGAAGAAACCACUUACAUUCCUUCAGCCUGCCCACCCCCAAGUGGCUGCAAGUGUAGAUAGCAGAUUUUGGGUCUGGUUUUCUCUCCAGCCUGGCCCCAGGUGUGUGAAAGGAGAUGCCUGCUCCUCUUCUGCGGUGCCUGACCUCAGGGAGCAGUGCAAGAAAUGCUGUGCACCUUGCAGUGUGAAAACACAAGGUCUGGUUGUGCUUUGAUGUUUGACGUGGAUGUGUUUGGAGCCAGCUGGUGCUGAAGAGACAGAGGGUUCAUGGACCCAAGCAAGGAGGUGUUUGUGUGUGUGUGAUUGCUGGGUCGAGUCCUCUGCAUCAUAAAAACUAUCAUCCUGUUUGCCUCUGGGUGGUGAUCGUUGUUUUGUGGCUGAGGGCAAAUCCACACCUACAACCUGCUGUGUCAAAGGGACACUGCCUCAGCUAGCAUCACUUGCCAGAGGACAUCCUCGUUUCAGUACUCUUGGGCUGUGUAAUUAAUUCUAGCUUAAGUGAUAUUGUGAGAUCUACCAACCCAGUGUGAUCUUCUCCAUUAUUUAUUUAAUUUGGUGCAAUCAACCUGACUUUGGUGUUUAAAUUAAACUGGUUGAAUUAACUUUUCAUUCCUUCUUUUCACUUUGUUCUCCAGGCACUUGCUUGGUAUUUGUGUUUCAAAUGUGUAUUUAAAUUAAUUAAAAAGAAAAGAAAUCCCUGUUUUUAAUGUUUAAACAAAA